UUUAUUAAAUGGUAUUUCAGGUUACAGAACCAAGUGCUUUCUCUUUGAAAUGACUUCUAAUAUGAAUCUGAGAGUCACUGUGCUUUGUCUCUUGGCCUUGACUGACUUAGCCACUGGUGACCGGGUGUACAUACACCCCUUCCACCUCCUUGUCUACAGCAAGAGCAGUUGCGACCAACUGGAGAAAUCCAAUGUAGAAAAGCAAAAUGACCCAACCUUCACACCUGCUCCAAUUCAGGCCAAAACAUCCCCCAUGGAUGAAAAAGCCCUUCAAGAACAGCUGAUGUUGGCCAUUAAGAAACUAGAGGCAGAAGACAAGAUGAGAGCUGCAGAAGUUGGGAUGUUGCUCAACUUCAUGGGAUUCCGCAUGUAUAGACUGCUGAGUGAGAAAUGGAGCUCUGGCAAUGGGGCUAUCCUUUCACCUGUGACAGUCUUUGGAACAUUGGCCUCUUUCUACUUAGGAGCUUUGGAUCCUACAGCCAGCAGACUUCAGGCGUUUCUGGGUGUCCCUGGGGAAGGUCAGGACUGCAUGUCCCGACUGGAUGGUCACAAGGUCCUCUCUGCUCUACAGACCAUCCAAGGCCUUCUGGUUGCGCAGGAUGGCACUAACAGCCAGAACAGGCUGCUUUUAUCCACCGUAGUGGGUCUGUUCAUAGCUCCUGGCCUGCACCUGAAGCAGCCAUUUAUUCAGGGCCUGGCACUUCUCACCCCAGUCACUUUCCCACGCUCUUUAGACUUGUCCACAGACCCAAAUCUUGCUGCUGAGAAGAUUAACAGGUUUAUGCAGGCUGUAACAGGAUGGAAAAUGAACUCCUUGACAGGAAUUGCCCCUGAAAGCAACCUUGUUUUCAACACCUAUGUUCACUUUCAAGGAAAGAUGAAGGGGUUCUCCUUAUUGACCGAGCUCCAGGAUUUCUGGGUAGACAACACCACCUCAGUGGCAGUCCCCAUGCUCUCAGGCACAGGCAUUUUUCAACACUUGGAUGAUGCUCAGAAUAACCUGUCGAUGACACGUGUGCCUCUCAGUGAGAACACCUGCCUGUUGCUGAUCCAACCCUACUGCCCUUCUGACAUGAAGAAGAUAGAGGCCCUCAUUUUUCAGCAUGACUUCCUAGCAGGGAUGAAGAAUCUGGCUCCUCGGGUUAUCCACCUGACCUUGCCACAGGUGGUGCUGAGAGGAUCCUAUGAUCUGCAGGAACUGCUUUCUCAGGCCAAGUUGCCUACCCUGCUGGGACCUGAGACAAAUCUUGGCAAAAUCAGUGAUACUAAACUCAGAGUUGGAAAGGUACAGAAUGACCUUCUUUUUGAACUAAAAGCAGAUGAGAGUGAACAAACCUCAGAGAAUGCUCAGCACCUGGAAGGGCAAGAGUCGCUGGAGGUGACCCUCAACACCCCAUUCUUGUUUGCCCUUUACGAGAUUGAGACUACUGCCCUACACUUCCUGGGACGUGUGACCAACCCACUGAAUAUGGUGUGAGGUUUCUGCUGGAUGGAUUUGGUGGCAUUGUCAGGCUGGUAAAGCAAGGUGGGCCUUUCAACGUUUCUCCAAAUGAAUCCAUAUGGAGCUGGAAAAAAGGCACACCAUAUCCGUGAAUGUGAAGUUUAAUAUAAUGUGCAGCAGACCCUGAGGUCUCAAGAGCCUUAGGAAAUCCUGGGGCAGACAGGGCCAGGAUUUCACAUAGAACUACUAUUCAAAAAAAUAUAUUGUUUAGUUUGCAGCUGUUUAUGAGAUCUAGAAUUGCCUCCUUUUAAAUUGAGAACUAAAAUAAUUAAAAAAAAUUUAAAUGCACUUUCCCUUGCUUGAAUUAAUAUGUCAUUUAUUGCCUGUACAUAUAGUCUCCACAGGUUCCUGGAUUUGUUAGAAUAUACUGUCUUGCUGACUUAUCAUUGUGCUACUAAUAAAUGUCUUGUAACAACAGGCAAGAA